GAUCCAGAGAUUAAAAUGGCCAAUUUAGUUCAUGCUGUUGAUGCAAAUGAAUACAAGAGUGCAUCAAUCAGGGACAUCAAGAAGGCCUACAGAAAGCUGGCUUUGCAGUUACACCCCGACAGAAACCAAGACGACCCGCAAGCCCUGGACAAGUUCGCAGACUUGGGGGCAGCCUAUGAGGUCCUCUCAGAUAAGGAGAAAAGGAAACAGUAUGACAUGUAUGGAGAGUACAGGCUCAAAGAGGGUCACCACAGCUCUCACAGCGAUAUCUUCUCCAGUUUCUUUGGUGAUUUUGGGUUCAUGUUUGGUGGCAACCGACAGCAACAGGACAGGAAUAUUCCCAGAGGAAAUGACAUAAUACUGGACCAGGAGGUUACACUGGAAGAAGUGUGCUCUUCCGAUCACCAACAUGAGGUGAUGCAGCUGGAGACAGCUUCCAAGAUGGACGCCCUCCAUGACACUCCAAUCAGGUGCCAGGACAUCUUUAAAGCCUUACCUGACCAACAGAGACCCAUCAGAGUGGUUCUGACCAACGGCGUGGCUGGUGUUGGAAAAACCUUCUCAGUGCAGAAGUUCACUCUGGACUGGGCAGAGGGCUUGGAGAACCAACAUGUCAGUGUGGUGGUUCUGCUUUCAUUCAGGGAGCUGAACCUGAUCAGAGAUGAGCAGUACAGUCUUCUGGAGCUGCUCCAUGUUUUCCAUCCAACAUUACAGAAGGUCACAGCAGAGAAGCUGGCUGUCUCUCAGCUUUUGUUCAUCUUUGACGGCCUGGAUGAAAGCAGACUUUCAUUGGAUUUCACCAACAGGAAGCUGCUGUCUGAUGUCACACAGAAGUCAUCAGUCAGCCAGCUGCUGACAAACCUCAUCCAGGGGAAUCUGCUUCCCUCGGCUCUCGUCUGGAUAACUUCCCGACCUGCAGCAGCCAAUCAGAUCCCUCCUACAUGUGUUGACAGGCUAACAGAAGUACGAGGCUUCACUGACGCCCAGAAGGAGGAGUACUUCAGGAGGAGAUUCAGUGAUGAAGAGCUGUCCAGCAGAAUCAUCUCCCACAUGAAGACAUCCAGGAGCCUCCACAUCAUGUGUAGAAUCCCAGUCUUCUGCUGGAUCACUGCUACAGUUCUGGAGCACAUGUUGACUACAGAGCAGAGAGGAGAGCUGCCCAAGACCCUGACUGACAUGUACUCACACUUCUUGUUGGUUCAGAUGAAGAAGGGGAACAAACAUGUGGGGGGACAUGAAACAAGUGAGAUGGCUGAAAGGAAAUUUCUUCUGAAACUGGGGAGGCUGGCAUUUAAACAUCUGGAAAAAGGAAACACCUUCUUCUACCAAGAAGACCUAGAUCAGUGUGGUCUGGAUGCUACAGAGGCCUUGUUGCACACAGAAGUUUAUACGGAGAUCUUUAAAAGAGAGCAAGGUAUCUUACAGAAACCAGUCUACUGCUUUAUUCAUCAGAGUAUUCAGGAGUUUCUGGCUGCAGUCUACAUUUUCUACUGUUGCAACAACAGGAAUACAGAAAGAACAGGAAGACUGGAUGAUUGCAACUCAUCUCUAGAUGUCUUUCUAAGUGGAUUAAUGAAAAAGUUACUCCAAAGUAAAAAUACCCACCUGGACAAGUUUGUUCGCUUCCUUCAUGGCCUCACUCUGGAGUCCAACCAGAGACUCUUAGGAGAUCUGCUUGGUCAGACAGAGAACGGUCCAGAAAUUAUUCAGAGAGUCAUCAAUAAUCUGAAAGAGAUAAACCUAUUUGGACAGCCUCCUGCCAGAAGCAUCAACAUCUUCCACUGUCUGAUGGAGAUGAAGGACUUCUCAAUAUUUCAGCAAAUCCACAAGAAGCAACUUUCUUUGAUGAACUGUUCAGAUCUGACCUACAUGUUGCAGAUGUCCGAUAAUGUUCUAGAAGAGUUAGACUUGAAGAAAUAUAACACAACAGAGAUUGGUCGGCAGAGUCUGAUUCCAGCUGUGAGGAACUGCAAAAAUGCUCGACUUGCUGCCUGCGGACUGUCUAAGAUGCACUGUGAAAUUGUGGCCUCAGCUCUGAAGUCCAGUCCUUCACAUCUAAUAGAGUUGGACCUGAGCGAAAACAACUUGCGUGAUUCAGACGUGAAGCAGCUAUUUUCUUCACUGGAAAGUCCAAACUGUAGACUGGAGACUCUGAGAUUGAGUCGCUGUAAUCUGACAGAUGUAAGCUGCGAUGCUCUCAGCUCAGCUCUAACAUCCUACCCUUCUCGUCUGAAACAUCUGGACCUAAGUAGAAAUAAACUGCAGGAUUCAGGAGUAAGCCAUCUGUGUAGUUUUCUGAAGAACCCACAAUGUAAACUGGAGACUCUAAGAUUGGAUGACUGUGGUUUGUCAGAGAUAAGCUGUGCUUCUCUGGUCGCAGCUAUUAAGUCAAACCCUUCCCAUCUGAAACAUCUGGACCUGAGUUUCAUCAACAUGAAGGAUUCAGGAAUGAAGAAGCUGUGUGAUUUUCUGGAGAGUCCAGGUUGCAGACUGGAGACUCUAAGUUUGAGGGGCCACUAUUUGUCAUCAAUCAGCUGCGCUUCUCUGGGCUCAGCUCUGAGGUCCAACCCCUCCAACCUGAAACAUCUGGACCUGAGCUUCAACUACAACCCAGAGGGUGCACUAGUGAAGGAGCUAUGCGGUUUUCUGGAGAAUCAAAAGUGUAAAUUGGAGACUCUCAGAUUGAUUCGCUGCAAUUUGUCAAACGAAACCUUAACGGCUCUGGCCUCUGCUCUGAAAUCCAACCCUUCCCAUCUGAGAGACUUGCAGUUAAGAGGAAAUGACCUAUGUGAUUCAGAAUUCCACAAGUUGUGUGGUUUUCUGGAGAGUCCACAGUGUAAACUGGAGAGUCUGGGAGUGAUGGACUGCAGCUUGUCAGAGAAAAGCUGCAUUUCUCUGGUCUCAGCUGUGACGUUCAACCCCUCCCAUCUGAAACAUCUGGACCUGAGUGAGAACCAUCUGCAGGAUCAAGGGUUUCAGCAGCUGUGUAAUUACCUGGAGAAUCCAAAUUGUGAACUAGAGACUCUGAGACUAAAGGGCUGCCAUUUAUCAAUAAAUGGCGGUUCUUUGGUUUCAGCUCUGAAGGCCAACCCAUCUCAUCUGAAACAUCUGAAUCUGAGUGAAAACAACCUGGAAGAUGCAGUUGUGAACCAGCUGUUUGAUUUUGUGGAGAGUCCACACUAUAAAUUGGAAACUCUUACAGUUAUGAGUGAUCAAGAUGAUGUGGGUCCUGAGGGAGAAUGAGCUGUGCCUGAUGAUCCAGAGAUGUUGAAGCAAUAGCAGCUUGUUUGUAAAGAGGCUCUGACUUUGCCAUAUUACUGGGAAGAAGUAUUUAAUUACCGGACUUCAUCCAGUGAUGACACAUGGAAUUUAGAAUUUAGAUGUCUCAGUUAGUAAUUUAAAAUAUUUGGUUCAAAUUAUUGUGAACAGAAAUCCCAUUUAUUUUAUUUUUAACUUGGGGUUUUUUGGGGGGGGGGGUUCUUUUUUGCUUCCUGCCUUGAUAUAGAUUUACAUUUAGUUUUGUAGCAUACAGUCUUCUUAUUACUUUUAUGUAAUUCCACUUCCAUUUUUCCAUCAAAGGAUCUGUAAACAGCUAAAAUUAGGCCCACAGUUGAAUGUCCUUUUCCUGUUUCCAUAGGAAUUCCUCAGCUUGUUGUACUUGUACUUUUGCUAUUGGGUUUUGGAUAAUUUCUUGUAACAACAGGAUAAACAUGGGAUGGAAGGAAAAAAAAAACUUUAGCCUACAUAACAAAUCAACUAUGCUAUUAGGUGCCUUUUUCGCCAAGACCGUGAAUAGUUUAUCUGACAAUAAUCAUGUAUAUUGUUUGGUGCCUUCUAGAAACAAACAGGAAAAAGAAAAAACACUAAUCAUUUUUUUUAUUCUAUUUUUGUGAUAUUAAAAGUUGUCUGCAGUGUGCAUUCUAUUACAUCCUUAGUUUCUAUUGAAAAAAGGGUGUAAUUAGUGAUUACUAUGAUUAUUCUGAUAACUGCAUUUCUUAUUCCACAAUAGCGGAAAUGUUUUUCCAUUGUCAUAUUUUUCAAUUAUUAUUUUACAGGUAUUUCUUUGGCUACUUUCAUAAUGUAAAACAAAAAAGACAAUGUUCCAAGUGAACUAGGUGCUAAUUUUCAGAUGCCAGGUCUACAUCUAGAAU